AUGAAUGGUUCAAAUAUCACUAAUGGCACCAAUGGCAGCCUAGACUCUAUAUUUGGUGAAGAAUAUGAGGGUCCCACUGUGGUAACCGUGACGAAACCACCGAUAAAGUGGAUUGUCGAGGCACUAGUUUCAGCGGUAAAAGAAUCUGGGGAACUGUCGUUGCUAGAUUGGGAUAGGUUUGGGCCCGUAUUGACAUACUGCUGCUCUACAUACGGGUUGGCAUGUCUUAUCAUGGCGUUCAUCCUCAAUAGGACGCUUAUACUCGCAUCUGUUAACACUACCAGGUUACAAAUGGGGACGGUAAAUCGAAAUUUGGGUGCAGGAGCAACACCCUCAAGUAGAUCGAGUGGAACAACUAGCAAAAGGAUGUUUGAGAUGGUAAAGAAAUUAACAUCAUUUGCACUUCGGUUGGCUGCAAUUGGAACUCUUUUGUACAACUGUUUUAAUGUGUUGGUGAUGCUUGAUUUCAUUUGGAAGUCUAAUAAUUUUGAUGAAAAUGUUGAUAAUUGGUUUAGCAAAGGUGUCAGCUACCUCUUACGGGGAUUUGAAUAUAGCCCGGACUACUAUUACAACAAUAAGUAUAUGGCGACGCCAAAAGACCAGGUCCAAAUAGGCCCUACUACUGAUAUGUAUUGGCCAGUGUUUUUGGGCUAUUGUUGGCUGCUGUUUGUGGAAACAUUUAUCUCUGUAAUGCAAGGUCGGAAACCAUACAAUGAGGCUGGAAUCACCAUAUUUGAGCACUCUUUUGCAUUCCAUCAAUCGAGAUCCAAAACUGGAUUCCUUUUCGGAGGUAGAAGGAUACAUGCCAGACCAACAGAGCAAGUUCUUAUUUGUAGCUUGUACCUGAUAGCCAAUCAUUUGAAUAUCCAAAUUGGUGGGGCCAUAAAUAACAAUCGAUAUAGAUUGAUUCCCCUGACCAUUUUUGGAGCGUCCUUUAUGGUUUACAUCUAUAAAAAUGUGUUAAUGGGUAACAUUUUUGAGUUUUCAUUUGUGAUUAUUUCUGCAUUUAUUCCACAGUUCUUAUUUUUGGGUGUGAUCUUCAUUUGCACAUUGAUUUGUUCCUUGGCAUUCAUGGUUAAUGGCUUCCAAUUAACCAAUUUGAAUUAUGCCAGCUUCUUCCAAAUCGCUGAAGGAGAACAAGAGGCUGAUAAUGACGACUCUCAUUUUGUCCACUUUUUAUUUAAGAAUUUCAACAUUCAAUUAUCCGAUGAUUUUUACACUUCAUUGCUUAAUUUGGGUACGCUGAUGAUUUCUGUAGCUGGAAAAUCUUGUUAUAUUAAAGAAUUGGGUAUAGUGACUGUAACUGAUGAGACAUGGUUAGAAAAAAGCAUUUGGGAGAAAUUGCUUGCAACGAUUAAUUUGGACACUAAGAAGCAUGGCUCAAGUAGCAUGUCAGUUUUUAAGUAUUUAAAGGGGAAGAAUAUAUCAGGCUAUGCAAACCUUAUUAAAUCUCCCUCUGAAAGGCUCUUGAAAGGACAGACCUUAAGAGAAUAUGAGCUAUCUAUGAACUCCUCCAAAUAUGACGAACACAGUGUGAUGAAAAGAAGAAUCAUGUUUGUGAGCGAGCUUUUUGGUAAUCUUCUUCAGCUUUUUAGUGGACUAGCCAGAAAGGCUUGGAGAUUUAUUACGAGGACUCGGGCUAAUGAUAAAGAUAUUCCCGUAUUCCUUCAGAGAUUUAUCCAACCAAAGACAGAUGACGCUUUGCAGAGUAUCACCGAAAUGAACAAGUAUCAGCUCGUCAACGUUGACGAUUUGGAUGAAAAUGAACUUUCUGUUCAACUACUUUAUCUGAAAGAUAGUGAGUUUUCAGAAAUUGACAAUUCAAAUGACUACUUCCUAGAAGAUUACAUUUCUGAGCAACUGGAUAUUGAACUGGAUUUGGAACUGGUUGAUGGUUUUGCAUUUGAAGAAAUCAUGGGUUCUCCACAGGAAUUUAUGGAUUUGGUCGGUUCUGGUCAAGAAUUGAGAUACCGUAUGAGUUCAGAUGCAGUGAUGACUAGAUCGGUGUUCAAUAAGCUAAGUCAAAAUGAGAAUGAAACUACCAAACUCAUGGAGUUGAUAGUAGAAAAAAGGAGACAGCAACUAGAAGCACUCAAGAAGAGGGAAGGCGAGGAUGAAGAUGAAGUAGAGGAUUUCAGUUCUUCAAGGUACGAUUGCGUGGUUUGUCAAGUUAAUCCUAGAGAAAUAAUAACUUGGCCAUGUAAAUGUUUUGCGGUUUGUGAGCUGUGCAGGUUAAGCUUGGUCACAAAGGGUAUGGAGGGAUGUGUUUGUUGUAGAAAGAAUGUUGAGGGGGUAACGAGAGUUUUUAUCCCAUAA